UUUCGCCCCGCCCUCUUUCGGCCCUUUCCGUUCACUGUCAUCACUGUGUUUGAGGUGCUCGGUUCUUCGCUCGAAGCUAAGGCCUUUGAAUCCGGCGACUAGCACCGUCAAAUUUAGGCAUCCACGUCUGAAACAGUAACCUGCUGAAAGAACAAUGGCAUCUGUGUCCGAGCUGGCCUGUAUUUACUCCGCUCUCAUCCUCCAUGAUGAUGAAGUUACAGUCACGGAGGACAAGCUCAACGCUUUGAUCAAGGCUGCCGGUGUGACCAUUGAGCCCUUCUGGCCUGGUCUCUUCGCUAAGGCUCUGUCCAGCAUUGACAUCGGCAGUCUGAUCUGUAACGUUGGUGCUGGUGGUGGAGCUGCUCCGGCUGCCGCUACCGCUGCUGCUGCUCCUGCAGGUGGAGACGCUCCAGCCAAGGAGGAAGAGAAGAAAGAGGAGAAGAAAGAAGAGUCCGAGGAGUCUGAUGACGACAUGGGCUUCGGUCUUUUCGACUAAAGCAGUUCUUUUAAUAAAAAAAUUGAAACUGUCAA